AUGCAGGCUAAACGAUAUAUUUUAAAGCUUCCCUUUCUUUUAUUUCCGAUCAUUCUUGUUCCUAUCACGGCCCACAAUUAUGUGGACGGUAGAAGCGGUUUAAUACGAGGAGUCCGUGUACCGGGAACUCGAGUAUCAUAUGGCAAUUUUGCAGUUGACAAGUACCAUCGUCUUCAAGUAUCAGUUGGUUUAUCGAGCGUUGUGAGCAACUACAGAGAGUGUGCUCUGAGCUGUGUUAAUAAUCCACCAUGUUCCUCGUUCAACGUCGCCUCAUCUCCACGUUUAGACGGACAAUUUCCAUGCGAGUUGUUAAACGAAGAUAAAUACUCUGCCAGUCCAGGCCAGCUGGUCAGUUCACAAGAAUAUCAUCAUUACAGUAUCAGGACACCAUGUUCUAGCUGGCCAUGUCAAAACGGUGGAAAAUGCAUCCCAAACUACGAAAAAGGAGAGUUUACAUGCUCUUGUAAACCUGGUUUUAGUGGAGAAACUUGUUUAACAGAUGUAGAUGAGUGUUCCAGCAACCCAUGUGCCAAUGGCGGAACUUGUGUAGAUUCCGUUAAUGGUUACUUGUGUCAGUGUGCUGAGGGAUUUGCCGACACAAAUUGUAGCAGUUCUGCUUCCACACCAAAGACGUGCGCUGGAGUUAAUUUGCAAAACCCUGGCGGUCCUAGCGGUUAUUACACAAUCGAUCCCGACGGUUUCGGAGGACUGCCUCCUUUUUCAGUGUACUGUGAUUUGCACGGAAGAUGGGUAAUGGUGUCUUUUACCCACGACGUCUAUGGCGUCGAGGUAGUCGACGGUUAUGAAGAGCCGGGGUCAUUUAUUCGAGACGUCACUUACUCACACUCACUGCAACAAAUGGCCGCGGCGAUAUCCGUCUCCGAAAACUGCAGACAAUUGAUCAGUUACACAUGCAGCAAAUCAAGGAUUAUGGCAAAUUACGGUGACUUAGUUGGGGGGCCGUAUACUUGGUGGGUAGCCCGUGAUGGGACCCGCCAGAACUAUUGGGGUGGAGCUGACCCUUCCAGCUACUCAUGCGGAUGUUACAAAGCCAUGACCUGCUACAAAUUUCCAAAAUUCAAAUGUAACUGUGACGCGAACGAUCUGGGGGAGAGAACUGAUUAUGGUUACUUGACAGAUAAGAGUAAACUCCCUGUGACACAGCUAAGGUUUGGAGACACUGGGAGUAACGACAAGGAUAAAGGGAAAUACUCUUUAGGUCCAUUACAUUGUGUUGGGGAGAUUUAGUAGAUCGAUUCACCCAUGAGGCCUUGAAGAAACACCCUUUUCACCCUAACAUCAGCGUGUAGAUUCUCCUUUCUGUUCUUUAUACAUUUCCUAUGGGACUAACAAAGAGAAUUUAGUUUAUUCCAAGAGCUUUUCUAG